AUGGUUUUACAAUCAUGUAUCAGCCGGCCCAGCGGCAUAUGGAUUCAUUAGAGCAUAAUAGCUGUUAAAUCUGUAGACUGGUGGGAGUGGGUUACGCAGAGGGAAGCUUGUGAUGAGAGCUGGGAGAGUGAGAGUGAGCAUGCACAUGGGGGCGGGGAUGCGAAUGGGUCCCCCUGGACUUUCCUGAACCUGCCCGGGCGACAUCGUCUCCAGGCUCUACACGAUUUUCCUCACAUCUAGACUAAAUCCAUGUUUUUCUCCCCUCCGACUCUCGGUGCAAAUUUUUAAUUCUCCGCCUGUCAUACGCAGAUUGUCUGGCUACCUACCGUCGUCACAGCCCCAUAUCGAUUAUCUGCCCCAGUUCCGCCUUAUCUCCGCCGCCAAAUUUCUCCAAUAUAUGGUUGCCUUCUCCCAUGUAUUCUUUCUUGGGUCGUAGUUCCACACAACUGAGGGAUUAGUUGGUGCAAGAGUCUGGAGGCGAGUGCGUCUGCGCGAGGUUGAUAGCGUGACACUUCUUGCUGCUGCCACACACCCAGUGAUAUAAAUACUGACAAUGCUUUGAGUUCUGGAUGGCCGCAUGCAGCGCACGCAUUCUGUGUAGGGUGUUUAGAUUCUAGUCGAUCCUAGUGUUAGUGGUAAUGUCUUUUCUUCCCCGGAGCAUUCCAAACCGGUAGACAGGUUUUCUGAAAUCUUUCUUGAAGUAAUCGAGAGAAUCAACGGUUAUAGGCCAUAUUUCGCAGAGACCUGUUAUUUAAUUGGAUUUUCCCCGGUCCGCGAUCAGUUCGUCGCCUGAGGGGUUAGAAUUUGGUGGUACGGAGGUUCCUGUUUGAGGUUCCUGAUCGUAAUCACUAUUGGUUAGAUAACACUCGUUUGUGAGAGGGGGCUUGAGUGAUCCUUGGGUAACAUUCAGUUGUGGUCGUCUCAGUAAUUGUAGAGAUUAUUUGGUUGGAGCUUUCAUUGGCCCAGAGUUCUAAAUUAGCAGUUCGCUCAUGGCGUCGUAUGGAACUUUGUAGUCCUCAAACCAGCAGAUAGACGAUCCCUUGUGCAUGAUAGCCUCCUUUCACUUGUCAAACAGUGUGCGAGGUUUUGUGGAUGCUCCGUAGUAAAAUACGAAACACCCGAGCAGCAGGAAUUCGGCACGCAAACAAUAAAAUAUCAAUAUUCUACUGAAAACUAGGAGAUUUCUUAGCUGGGAGUGGACAUGGCGUCAUGACCCCGUCAUUCAAGGUAUAGAGGGCUGGACCUAGUCGGUACCGAUUAAGAAAGAAAUUAGCAACGUAAGCACGAGACUCACAGAAACCUCGCUUAAAUUGGACCGCGGUGAAGGAGACGGAGGGAACAAGCAGACCCAGUGGAUAUGUGAAUCUUGUAGAUUGAAAUCGAUUCAAGAAGCCUGCCGCAUCCGACACGGUCACACAAAUGCAGAUACCGUUGGAAUCGAUGGUCACUAAGUUGUACUUUCUUGCCGUCCCACAAAUUCUGCUCAGUUGCCCCACAAUCCUCUCCUACUCCUCUAAGCCCCCGUCGGCUAAUCAGACCGGGGUUUGCCAAAACCACCCCAUAUAGCUCAUAUUUUUAGUCAGUUUUCCAAUAAGACCAUUUGGUGUUCAAUAACUUAUUGAUAGUGUCGAAAUAAAUCCACUCGAGAGGGUUUGUGUUCAUUUGGAGAAAAAAAUAAUCAUAAGCGUGCUUGGUGUGGGCUGGGUAAUAGUGGGUUAGUAGACUCUAGGUGAGUUUCAUCUGCAAAGUCGAAGCAUAUUGUAAAAGUCAUGGUUACAAUGGAAACGACAGGGUCGCUAGCGCAACUGCAAUUACCGCCAGGAUUCCGGUUCCACCCAACGGACGAGGAGCUGGUGCUGCACUACCUUCGUCGCAAAGCAGACUCGCAUGUAUUUCUGAUCCCUGUCAUUGCUGAAGUGGACCUCUACAAGUUCGACCCUUGGGAUCUGCCUGACAAGGCAUUAUUCGGGGAGAGAGAGUGGUAUUUCUUUUCGCCAAGGGACAGGAAGUACCCCAAUGGCGCAAGGCCCAACAGAGCCGCCGCAAGCGGCUAUUGGAAGGCAACGGGCACAGAUAAACCCAUUUUCAUGACUAAUAGCCAUAGCAAAGUGGGAGUCAAGAAGGCGCUGGUGUUCUACCGUGGCAAAGCCCCAAAGGGCGAGAAGACAAACUGGAUCAUGCACGAGUAUCGUCUUGCUGAAGGUGUCUCGCCCCCCGCACGCCAUCACCGCCGCGGCUCGCUGAGGUUGGAUGAUUGGGUGUUAUGCCGCAUAUAUGAGAAAUGCACGCACGCGCAACGAGCUGGCAUGGAGCACGACACUUCCUCCGUUCAGAAGAUGCUAGCAUCUCUCCCCAAAAUCGACAAUCCCAACCACAUGCUCCCCGGUCUCAAUACGGUGAGCAUGACAGAAUCGGCGCAGCAUAUGGCUAUGAUCAAUAGCAUGCUGGCAAAGAACACAUCCGAUGACGGAUGCAGCUUGCCCGCUAGCAUUAGCACUCUUCAAAGGGGAAUGAUGUCGAGCGAUUCAGGUAUUGCAGUGCACGACCUGCAUACCGGGAACAUGGCAAGCGGAUGGAAGGGACAAUCAUUUAUGGACUACACUGGCAACCAGAACCUCAGGUACAACACCCAGCAAGAGCUUGAAGCGGGGUCUUCCUCGCCGAGACCAACACUGAACAUUCGAUCCUCCAUGGCCGGCAGCGUCGUGCCCCAGUUUCAACACCCGCAUCGUUCUUACAGCAACUUCGGGCCUCGGAUCGUCGAGAAGCCCAUGCCACCCGCGCCGGGCCGAUCAGCGUCCGACCAGGAGGUUCAAAGCUCGUUUCGGUCUACCAUGCAGUUCACAAAUGGCACCUCCUGUAAUGAAGGACUGGAAUCGAUGUUUCCAGAAAUUGGGAAUUUCGACCACCAGACCCAAUCCACUAUUUCAUCCUACUCCCGGCCUGGCAUGGGAUAUAGCACCUUUAGUUAUCGCCAUGGGGCUUCCAGUUCCUUGAACUAAUGCUCCCCUCGACGCUGAUGAUUGCCGCAAGUUGCCAUGACGUGCGCCUUUUCGGUUGUAACGAGCAAAUUGUAAGCUCUUGCUCCAGUGCUUGCAAGUGCGGCAAAUUCACCAGUCGUCGGGCAUUAACUUAGUACCACUAAUAUGGCUGGUGGUGGCGACUCUCCUACAUCUAAUGAUCGGAGCAACGACGGAGAGUCUCCGACGUAUUUGCACGUAUGUGAUUUAGAAUAUUACUGUACAGAUCAGGAUUGACUAUCAACUGGGGGAGGGUGGGAAGAAAGGAAGUAUGAUCUCAUCAACGAACAGGACAAUCGACAAACACACCAACGAGGAUAGCACACACUGAAGCUAAGUAUGAUCCAGAUGCAAAUCAAGAUUUUUUUUUAAAAGUAUAUAUGUAUAUAUAACGACACUGAGACAAAUUGACACGGUAGCCAUACGUUCCAUUGACCCCUCCGCACACGUGUAGAAUCACCCGUGCAUAUUAGAGAAGGGAAAAUUGGAAAAGGACUUGAUGUAGUUGUGAAGCUGAUGAAGUAUUGUGGUGGGUUUUUGUGCGAAGGGGAGUGUGGCCGCUCCCCGUUCUACUUUGUCUCCCUUGCCCUUCAUCUGUAACUCAUCCCCUAGAUGGUUGUACUUCGCGGAACGUCGAAAUGGUGUAAAAAGGUUUAACUCUUUACAGGGUACCUGUCAAUAAAGAGUCCUGGUCUGCGCAGAAGUUAUACCUAUCAUUACUCAA